GAGGAAGUUUUGAUUUUGACGCUAACGUUCACAUCUACUGAGUGAUGUCUGCAUAAAUAAAUAUUUCUACACAUUUAAAGCCGUUCUAGAUGAAAAAUAGAGAUUCCAGUUUGAUGGUUGAGCAGGGUUCUGUAGGUAGCCAGAAUGCCGUAUUUUGGUUCUGAGGAGACAGUGAAGGACCUGAAGAGGGCACUAUCAAACCCAAAUGUCCAGACUGACCGACUCCGAUAUAGAAACUACAUCAUUAGGGUCAUCAGGUCGAUGACUCAGGGUCUGGAUGUUUCUUCUCUGUUUAUGGACAUGGUAAAGGCCAGUGCUACAGUUGACAUUGUCCAGAAGAAACUGGUGUACCUCUAUAUGGUCACCUAUGCCAGCCGUAAGCCCGACUUGGCCCUGCUGGCCAUCAACACGCUGCGGAAAGACUGUGCUGACCCCAACCCCAUGGUGCGCGGCCUUGCACUGAGGAACAUGUGCAACUUCAGGAUGCCAGGUAUAACUGAAUACAUCCAGCAACCUAUUCUGAGUGGCCUGAGGGAUAAAGCAUCCUACGUGAGGAGAGUUGCUGUGCUGGGCUGUGCUAAAAUGCACAGCCUUCAGCCCAACACAGAGAUAGAUCCCAGCAUGGUGAAUGAGCUGUAUUCUCUGCUGAGGGACCCUGACCCUGUUGUCAUGGUGAACAGCCUCCGAGCACUGGAGGAAAUCCUGAGAGACGAGGGAGGGGUGGUCAUCAACAAACCGAUCGCGCAUCACCUGCUCAACAGGUUGAAAGAUUUGGACAGCUGGGCUCAAAGUGAAGUUCUGACUUUCCUCCUCCGUUAUCGCCCUCGUAGCAAUGAUGAGCUCUUUGACAUCCUCAGCCUGCUGGACGACUUCCUCCAUAGCGCUCACGCACCUGUCAUGGCUGCAACGCUCCGCCUUUUCCUGCAUUUAGCCACUGCCCACCCCGCAGUCCAGGCCGACGCCCUACUACGUGUCCAUGGCCCUCUGCUGGCCACCUGUGGUUCUGCGUCUCGUGAACUGCGGUUUGCUGGACUAUGUCACGUGCAGCAGGUUUUGCGCAGUCAGCCGGCUCUGUACGGAAACCACUACAAACGCUUCUUCUGCGGUUACUCUGAGCCUGGGUACAUAAAAUUCCGGAAGAUGGAGAUCCUGGUGGAGCUGGUGAAUGAUGAGAAUGUGGCAUUGGUUCUGGAGGAGUUGAAGAGCUACUGCACUGACGUGUCUACUGAACUGGCACAGGCAGCUAUUGCAGCUAUAGGUCGCAUUGGACGAACCUACAAUGAGAAGUGUCUGGACAUACUGACAGGACUGCUGGCACUGAAACAAGAGCACAUUGCCUCAGCGGUGAUCCAGACGUUCAGGGACUUGGUGUGGUUCUGCCCGAAGAGCUCUGUGGCGGUCUGCAAGGCUGUGGAAGGCUGUGAUGAAAGCCUUCAGGAUGAUGAAGGGAAGCAGGCUUUGCUGUGGUUGCUGGGGGAGUAUGGAGAGCAAAUCAGUGGUGCCCCCUAUGUGUUGGAGGGUUUUAUAGACUCUCUGAAGGUGGAGCUCUGCUCAGUGGUGAAGAUGGAGUUGCUGACGGCGGCGGUGAAGCUGUUUCUGUGCCGUCCAGCCGAGAUGCAGGAUAUACUGGGCCGUCUGUUACAUUACUGUAUUGAGGAGGAGAGUGAUAUGUGCGUGCGCGACCGUGCCCUGAUGUAUUACCGGCUGCUGCAGAGUGGAGUGGAUGAAACCCGGAAGGUCCUGCUGGGCCCGAAGUCUGACCCGUCCAUGACCGUUCUGACCGGGCGGCCAGAGGAGCCGGUCAAUAUCUGGGCGUCUAGCUUUAACACACUCGGUCCGCUAUGUGGAACUGUAGCCUGUCUGGAGAACACUUCUGCUGAAAACUCCGUCCAGCAGCUUCACAGUGCAGAAGAAAAGGAUGGAGCAGAGGAGUUCAAACUGAGUCCACCUGAACAGACACUGAGGACAGAAGCCAUUGAGGAAGAAUUGUCCUGUAUAGCUGACGCAGCUGAAGAGCUGAAUCUGACCAUGGGUCCUCCGCUAUCCCAUGAGGCCUUUGAAAGGCUGUGGUUGGAGCUGCAAGUGGCCCACCAGCAGGCUCUGGGGAUUCCUCGCCCUGCUGAAACACUAGAGACACUGCAGGCUGCUUUCCAGCUGGUGAAGAUCCAGACGCUGGCCUUCACCCGUACCGAUGCUGUGCCCUGGAAGGCCUAUAUGUACAGCCGCGCGGGCGGUACGCUGAUUCUGGCAGAGCUCCUGCAGGGGGCACCAGAGGAGUCAGAGAGCAUAGGGAAUCUGCUGGUGUCGGUUAAACAGCAGCCAGAGAACCAACAGGCAAUCAGGAGCUUCUUCUCUGUUCUCACGAACGUCCUGCAGACUCUCAGCUCACAUGGUUCACAAAAUUAAUGUUAAAAACUGCUUAAAAGCCCCAGGGAACCCCAGAGCACACAGUCAACAUGGACUGAGGGUGUCAUGUAAAUAGCUUUUCAAUGUCCAAUAAAUGAUGCAUUUGCCAAAUUG